AGGUGCGGGGGGAGGGAGGGGUGGCGCCCGCGAACAUGGCGAAGACGUACGACUACCUCUUCAAGCUGCUGCUGAUCGGCGACUCGGGCGUGGGGAAGACGUGCGCGCUCUUCCGCUUCUCGGAGGACGCCUUCAACGCCACCUUUAUCUCCACCAUUGGUAUCGAUUUUAAAAUUAGAACCAUAGAGCUAGACGGCAAGAGAAUUAAACUACAGAUAUGGGACACCGCCGGGCAGGAGCGAUUCCGAACCAUCACGACCGCCUACUACAGGGGAGCAAUGGGCAUUAUGUUAGUCUACGACAUCACCAAUGAAAAAUCUUUUGAAAAUAUUCGGAACUGGGUCAGGAAUAUCGAAGAGCACGCCUCUCCAGAUGUUGAAAAGAUGAUCCUUGGGAACAAAUGCGACGCAAAUGACAAAAGACAAGUUUCCAGAGAGCAAGGGGAGAAGCUUGCCGCAAGUUUUGGAAUUAAAUUUAUGGAGACCAGCGCAAAAGCAAACAUAAACAUAGAGGACGCAUUUUUCACUCUUGCAAGAGAUAUCAAAGCAAAAAUGGACAAGAAGUUGGAAGGUAAUAGCCCGCAAGGCAGCAACCAGGGAGUCAAAAUCACACCAGACCAGCAAAAGAAAAGCAGCUUUUUCCGAUGUGUUCUUCUGUGAGGGACACGGCCUUAAUCUGAGCAUCCGCUCGGCUGAACUGGACUGUGCCUGUUCUGAGUGAGAUUCUCUGUCGGUGGACUUAGCAUUUUCAACAUACCUUGUCACUUUGUGACCAUCUGAAUAAGAAAUUGUUUAUUUUAGUAAUUGUGUGACUCUUCAAUUUUGGAGAUGAAACAAGUUUAUUUUUGUCAGAUUGCCACUGGGCACGUGUAUUGUCUAGCAGAGGGAGGACAGAUCAAACGGGACCUGUGAUACAGCGCCUUUGCUGACAGGCUUCGGUCUUUCUGUCCCUAUCUGUAAUGUAUCCAAAUCAGAAAGAUUUAAGCGAUGAUCAAAAUAAGAAACUGAAAUGCCAAUAUUAGUACCGUGCAGGUAUGUGUAUGCGAUAACACGCGCGUGGCCGUGUCUGUCGAUGCAGCUAGAACAACCUCAUCGAAGCACCCACUAAAUGCACUUGGUAAGCAGUACAGGCUCCUACCUUUGCAGAAGGUAGAAGGAAGCUUUCUGCAUUUCUGCCUCUCUGCUACUGCAGAGAAAACCCUUUACCUGCCUGUUACUUACUCAGUUGCGUUACUCUAGACAAUCCACCAGUACAAUUGAAGUUUUUUAAAAAAAAAAAAUCCUCCUCAAAGGAAUCUAUUUUUUUAAAAAACCAAAGCGUGCUGUAAAUAUAGUGGAUCCUGACCGUCAGGAGUUACUUUAUCCACGUUAGACUUGACUGUGCUUGAUUAACUACUCCAGGCGUUCGGACACGUGUGACAGGUGACAGCUCCAGCGAGUCCCGUGCCACUCGUCUGUCAUCCGUUGUAAGAGAAACGCCCCUGGCUCGGGUGGGGACACUUCUCAAAGUUUGUAACGUUACAGGGGGUGGCUUUUUCUCCUCCAGUUGAGAACGACUCCAGAUCUGUCAUGAUGUAGUAGCUAAAAUUGUGACAAGAAAAUGUAUUGCACUGCUUCCAGUCGUGUGUUCUCAUACACAAUUUCUCACAUAUGCAAAUAAAUGUUGCACAUACACUUUCUGAAAACAAACUUUUCUAAACUGAGAUUUGCCUUUCUGCUGCGGGUCGAUCAUUUCGGAUGUCGAGCAGCAACAAACCUGUUAAUAGCGUGCAUCAAUGCAAACGAUGUUUAGUCCUCAGUGGAAAUAUUCUAUGUAUUUACUCCUAUAAACACAGUCUAUUACAUUCCGAUGUAUAAAAUGUAACGGCCAAGUAAAGCUCGGUAGCGAAUUGCUCUCAGCUCAGAGGCUGUAAGCCUGACUCUUAAUCAGCCUGACACAUGGAGCCAGUAAGAGCCAUCUACUUUGAAGUCUGCUGUCAAGUAAUUGAACUACGGUAUAUUUAAUUCAGAUGAACAUAUAUAUCAGCUGUGUCCUGCAACUCACUGGAAUUGUUAACGUGCUUUGUUUACAUUGACAACUGCACUUAAGGGUAAAAUUAAAGCUGAUUUUAAAGUUAA